AUAAAUGCAACUACUAAGGAAAGAAUCGAUUCUGCAAGACUUUCUCUCAAGCUCAAACUUUACUCAUCACUCUCAUCCACAAUGUGGCGUUUCUCCGUUUCGAUUCUCCUCUUCUCAUACCUAGCCAUCUCUUCGUCCUCGUCCGUUGAUUCGACAGCGACAUGCUCAGGAAUAGUCCCGUUACGGAACCGGAACGAUAAGAUAUCGAUAACAGACUUCGGCGGCGUGGGAGAUGGCAGGACGGUGAACACUAAGGCGUUUAGGGAGGCGAUAUAUAGGAUACAGCACCUUAAGAGAAGAGGAGGCACGCUUCUGUAUAUACCACCGGGUGUGUUUCUCACGGAGAGCUUUAAUCUCACCAGCCAUAUGACUCUCUUCUUGGCUAAAGGCGCUGUUAUCAAAGCUGUUCAGGAUACAUGGAACUGGCCAUUGAUUGAACCUUUGCCAUCUUAUGGAAGAGGGAGGGAGUUACCAGGGGCACGGUAUAUGAGCUUUAUUCAUGGUGACGGCCUUCGUGACAUAGUCAUCACUGGAGAAAACGGGACAAUAGACGGUCAAGGAGAAGUGUGGUGGAACAUGUGGCGUAGUAGAACGCUAAAGUUCACUAGACCGAAUCUAAUCGAGCUCAAAAACUCUAAGGAGAUCAUAAUCUCCAAUGUUAUUUUCCAGAAUUCUCCCUUCUGGAACAUUCAUCCUGUGUACUGCAGCGAUGUUGUUAUCCAUCACGUUACCAUCUUAGCUCCACAAGAUUCGCCCAACACUGAUGGAAUCGAUCCAGAUUCCAGCUCCAACGUCUGCAUAGAAGACUCCUACAUCUCAACAGGAGACGACCUAGUUGCCAUAAAAAGCGGUUGGGACGAGUACGGAAUCGCUUUUGGCCGUCCAAGCUCAAACAUAACUAUACGCCGCAUCACAGGAUCGACCCCUUUCGCAGGUAUCGCAAUAGGAAGCGAAACAUCUGGUGGCAUCAAGAACAUCCUAGCAGAACACAUCACUCUAUCCAACAUGGGCGUUGGAGUCAACAUCAAGACAAACAUUGGUCGUGGAGGAUACAUCAAAAACAUCAAAAUCUCCAACGUGUAUGUGGAAAACGCAAGGUACGGGAUCAAGAUCGCUGGCGACACGGGAGAUCACCCAGACGCGUUUUAUAACCCAAACGCUCUUCCAGUCGUUAAAGGAAUACAUAUUAAUAACGUUUGGGGAGUUAACGUUCAAAACGCUGGAUCCAUUCAAGGCCUUAAGGAUUCACCUUUUACUGGGAUAUGUUUGAGUGAGAUUAAUAUACAUGGAAGCUUGAAUACGUAUCGGACGUGGAAGUGUUCGGAUGUUAUUGGAACUUCGCUGAAGGUUAGUCCUUGGCCUUGUUCGGAGCUGAGAACUACUGGUGGGUCUUAUUCGUGUUCUUCCACUUUCUGAAGACUUCUGAGCAAGUUUUUUUCAUCGAUUCGUUUAUUUAAACAUAUUUAAUCACGAAUUUGCAUACAUUGAUCUAUUUAUAUGUUUGUAUUUCUGGAAAUUUCAAAUUAUAUAUUUAAUUAUGUAAUGGAUACAAAUUAUAAUAAAAAUAUAUAGUUGUAUGAGUGAUUAAGUUUAUAUAUUACGUUGCCA